AUGUCCCCUUGGGGGUUCCGAGUUCUUCUGCUGCUGCUUUUGCCCCCCGACGACGACGGCGACGACGACAACAACACAACGACAACAGAACCUGGUUCCUUUCGACGCAAGCAUGUCCAGGCACCUGACACAAACGAACAAGUCUUGGUCGCCACCGUGACGAUGUAUGAUCAAUCCGAAGCUCAGACGGUCGGCUAUGUCACGGCGGCACUCUCGCUGCUCAUCCUAUGCAGCCGACUGGUCAUCUCUCGAUGGCGGAGGGAGCCUUUCGAUCUAAGCUUCUGUCUUGUCAUUCUCUCGAUCCUGGUAAUCACAGCUCGCAUCAUUACGAAUAGUCUCUACCUCACGUAUGGUACCGCAAGCGAUUCCCUCAGAAAUGAGUCGCAUGCCGACCAGAACGACGAUUGCCGCAUCAAGACCGGCAGCAUCCUGGUCCUCCCAGCCAGAGUGAUGUUCACGGCUAGUCUCUGGCUUCAGAUCUGCAUCCUCCUCAUCUUUUACUCGCGGAUCACCUCUGGUUUAACAUUGGUGGCCUACACCAUCAAGGCUACCUGGGUGGUCAUGGCAGCCACCUUCGUCGCCGUCGUUCUCUCCACGUUCCUGGAAUGCCGGCCUAUCAACCUAUACUGGCAAACAAGCCCUGACCCAGGCAAUUGUGUUCACUCGUACGCGCAGCUCAUCAUCCAGGGAGUCAGCAACACCAUUCUCGACCUGAUGCUUCUGUUCAUCGCCUUCCCCCUGGUCAGCCUGAGGAAACGGAGGUGGUCUGAGCGUAUCAGCCUGUACGGCCUGUUCGCCCUGGGUACCUUUUGCAUCGUCAUCACCAUCAUCAGGGUGGUUGUCGUCUUCAGACAGGAUUCUUCCCAGACCGCGCGCAGCGUGUGGGCGUCGGCCCAGAUGUUCGUUUCGACCUUCGUGGCAAAUGCGCCCACCAUCUAUGGGUCGUUGCGCGUGGUCCGGCGGAAGCGAUCGGGGCACCGGGAUAGGCCACCCUUUACCAACAGCGGCAGUGCGAGGAACCGACCUUCUCGGCACGAAAUCGAGUCUUGGAUGAAGAUGGACGAGGGGAUUGCGCUGACUCCUGUCACACCGCAUGUGCUGGCGCCUCUUCCACCCGCAGCCACAUGGUACGGCGAGGAGAGCGCUCCCGCACCGCAUUCUCAUGCAUCGCACUCCGAUGCGGAUACGAGGGUCAAAGUGAGCCACGAGUACAUUGGUCGGGCCUCGUGA